GUCCCUGUGCAUUUUAUUGCGACCUGCCGGUGGGAACUUUGUCUCCGAGUCGGAGCAGCAUGGAGCGGCGGAGCGAGAGCCCGUGUCUGCGGGACAGCCCCGACCGGCGGAGCGGCAGCCCCGACGUCAAGGGUCCUCCCCCGGUGAAGGUGGCCCGGCUGGAGCAGAACGGCAGCCCCAUGGGAGCCCGCGGGAGGCCCAACGGCGCCGUGGCCAAGGCCGUGGGAGGUUUGAUGAUUCCGGUCUUUUGUGUGGUAGAGCAGUUGGACGGCUCUCUUGAAUAUGACAACAGGGAAGAACACGCGGAGUUUGUCCUGGUUCGCAAGGACGUGCUUUUCAGCCAGCUGGUGGAGACCGCGCUCCUGGCCCUGGGCUACUCCCACAGCUCCGCGGCGCAGGCACAAGGAAUAAUCAAGCUUGGGAGGUGGAACCCUCUCCCCCUCAGUUAUGUGACAGAUGCACCCGAUGCGACAGUGGCCGACAUGCUGCAAGAUGUCUAUCACGUUGUGACGUUGAAAAUCCAAUUACAAAGUUGUUCGAAGUUGGAAGACUUGCCUGCGGAGCAGUGGAACCACGCCACGGUCCGCAAUGCCUUAAAGGAACUGCUCAAAGAGAUGAACCAGAGCACAUUAGCCAAAGAAUGCCCUCUCUCCCAGAGUAUGAUUUCAUCCAUUGUAAAUAGCACAUAUUAUGCCAACGUGUCAGCAACCAAGUGCCAGGAGUUUGGGAGAUGGUAUAAGAAGUACAAGAAGAUUAAGGUGGAAAGAGUGGAACGAGAAAACCUUUCAGACUAUUGUGUUCUGGGCCAGCGUCCAAUGCAUUUACCAAAUAUGAACCAGCUGGCAUCCCUGGGGAAAACCAACGAACAGUCUCCUCAUAGCCAAAUCCACCACAGUACUCCAAUCCGAAACCAAGUGCCCGCGUUACAGCCCAUCAUGAGCCCUGGUCUUCUUUCUCCCCAGCUCAGUCCACAACUUGUCAGGCAACAAAUCGCCAUGGCCCAUCUGAUAAACCAACAGAUUGCCGUUAGCCGGCUCCUGGCUCACCAGCAUCCUCAAGCCAUCAACCAGCAGUUUCUGAACCAUCCACCCAUUCCCAGAGCAGUUAAGCCGGAGCCUACCAACUCUUCUGUGGAAGUAUCUCCAGAUAUCUACCAGCAAGUCAGAGAUGAGCUGAAGAGGGCCAGUGUGUCCCAAGCUGUCUUUGCAAGAGUGGCAUUCAAUCGCACACAGGGAUUGUUGUCUGAGAUUCUGCGUAAGGAAGAAGACCCUCGGACAGCAUCUCAGUCUCUUUUAGUAAACCUGAGGGCUAUGCAGAAUUUCCUCAAUCUGCCGGAAGUGGAGCGGGACCGCAUAUACCAGGAUGAGAGAGAGCGGAGCAUGAACCCCAAUGUAAGCAUGGUCUCAUCAGCCUCCAGCAGUCCCAGCUCCUCCCGAACCCCUCAGGCCAAAACCUCGACACCGACAACAGACCUCCCCAUUAAGGUGGACGGCGCCAACGUCAACAUCACAGCUGCCAUUUAUGACGAGAUCCAACAGGAGAUGAAAAGGGCCAAGGUGUCUCAAGCCCUGUUUGCCAAAGUGGCUGCAAAUAAAAGUCAGGGCUGGCUGUGUGAACUGCUCCGCUGGAAGGAGAACCCCAGCCCAGAAAACCGCACCCUCUGGGAGAACCUCUGUACCAUCCGUCGCUUCCUGAACCUUCCCCAACACGAGAGGGAUGUGAUUUAUGAGGAGGAAUCAAGGCACCAUCACAGCGAGCGCAUGCAGCACGUGGUCCAGCUUCCCCCUGAGCCAGUGCAGGUCCUGCAUAGACAGCAGUCUCAGCCAGCCAAGGAGAGCUCCCCUCCCAGAGAAGAAGCGCCUCCCCCGCCUCCUCCGACUGAAGACAGUUGCACCAAAAAGCCUCGGUCUCGCACAAAGAUCUCUUUGGAAGCCCUCGGGAUCCUCCAAAGCUUCAUCCAUGAUGUGGGCCUGUACCCUGACCAGGAAGCCAUCCACACUCUUUCUGCUCAGCUGGAUCUCCCCAAACACACUAUCAUCAAGUUCUUCCAGAACCAGCGGUACCACGUGAAGCAUCAUGGGAAGCUCAAGGAACACCUGGGCUCGGUGGUGGACGUGGCCGAGUAUAAGGACGAGGAGCUGCUGACAGAGUCGGAGGAGAAUGACAGCGAGGAAGGCUCGGAGGAGAUGUACAAAGUGGAGGCUGAGGAGGAGAAUGCGGAGAAAAGCAAGGCUGUGCCUGCUGAAAUUGACCAGAGAUAAUGUGAACUGCCACCGGGCAAAGCAAUACAUCGGUCCAAGGAUUUUCUGUUUUAGUUUCUUUAAAAACCCUUUUUUUUUUUUUGCUUUAUUUUAUUUUUGUCUUUUUGGGGUCUGUUUUGUUUUCCUUACCUUUUUUUGACAUUUCUCUGUUGCACAGGAUACACCUGUAGACUGAAUAAGUUCAGUAUUUCUGAAUCAGACAUCGCCUUGGCAAAGACACUAAAGUGUUACGCUUUACAAUGGACUGGAUCAUAGUCAUUAUAAUCACAGGAGACUCUGCCUUCAUUAUCCUUGCACUUAUGGGAGAGACACCAGGCAAGUUCCAGGAUGAAAAGACCUAUGAAAUAAAUGAAGGAAGCUACAAGUGUGUGUGUAUAUGUAUAUGUAUAUAUCUAUAUAUUUACAUAUAUAUAUUAAAUUGCAUGGGACAGAGAACUUUACAAUCCGAAAGAAUAGACUGUGAAUUGAGUUCUUAAAGAAGAGACUUGUUUAUGUAUUAAAAAAACCACUUCACAGUGAGUCGCUUUGGCUUUUUGAUAAACUGUGGCCUGCUCUCAGGGUGGGGUGACUAUUUUUGAAUUCCUAUUUAUUUUCUGUGUUUGUCCCUGAUUUUUUUUUUUUUUUUAAUUCUAUGGCUUCCUAUCUGGCAGCUUGAUGGGUAAUUUUUGAGGUAUGUAUUUAACAAAACAAAUCAACACUGCCAAAAAAAAAAAAAAAAAAAAAAAAGAAAGGAAGAAAGAAGAAGAAAGUAAAG